GUCUCUGGCAGCAGAUCUCGCGAGAGUUGCGGGUCGCUCGGCAGCAGUCGCUUUGGCAGCAGGGUUGAGGGAGACGGAGAGAGAAGGUAAGCGGGGAGGCUGCAUCAUGGCGGACAGAGACAGUGGAAGUGAGCACGGUGGAUUCGCCACAGGCCCCGGACCGAUGCACCCGGGCGCCGCGUCGCGUCUCCAGCACGACACGGAGGAGCUCGCCUCGAAGCGUGUUGACAUCCAGAACAAACGCUUCUAUCUGGAUGUGAAGCAGAACGCCAAAGGCCGCUUUCUGAAGAUAGCAGAGGUCGGGGCCGGGGGAAACAAGAGCCGCCUGACUCUCUCCAUGUCCGUCGCCGUGGAGUUCCGCGACUAUCUAGGAGACUUCAUCGAGCACUACGCCCAGCUGGGCCCCAGCAACCCUGACACGGUGCAGGACGAGCCCCGGAGGGCGCUUAAGAGCGAGUUCCUGGUGCGGGAGAAUCGGAAGUACUACAUGGAUCUGAAGGAGAACCAGAGGGGGCGGUUUCUCCGGAUCCGGCAGACCGUCAACCGCGGGCCCGGCCUGGGAGCCUCGCAAGGCCAGACCAUCGCGCUACCCGCACAGGGACUCAUCGAGUUCCGCGACGCGCUGGCCAAACUCAUCGACGACUUCGGCGUAGACGAGGACCCCGCGGAGCUGCCCGAGGGCACGUCGCUGACGGUGGACAACAAGCGCUUCUUCUUUGACGUAGGCUCCAACAAGUACGGCGUCUUCAUGCGGGUCAGCGAGGUGAAACCCACCUACCGCAACUCCAUCACGGUGCCCUGCAAAGUGUGGUCCAAAUUCGGCACGACCUUCUGCAAGUACGCGGACGAGAUGAAGAAGAUCCAGGAGCGGAGCCGGGAGCGGAGGGCGCGCGAGAUGCUACCGGAGGGCCUGCACGAGGACGAAGGGGACGAGGACUAAUGCAUAUAUGAGUGCAAAGAACGAAUGACAUGAUAAUCAGACGUUACUGUAAUGUGGAAUCGAUCUACACACACACACAACCCUCACAGACUCAAACAGUUGCAUCUCUUCACUCAUCGCCGGAACUUAACCACUUACCCACCAUUUAACAGUAAGACGCUGCUAUCGACAACAUUAUCUAUGAACCGUGUCCAGGAUGGUGCAGGAGUGUGUGUAUAUCCCUUUUUACCCACGUGUGUGACACAUCCAAGCUCUUGUGCACUGCAAAAUCCACUUGUUUUUCCAGUACAAAUAUAUAAAUAUGCUGUUAAUAUAUAGUAGCAAAUCCAAAAAUGCACAAUUUUAUUCAGACCACUCAUGACACAGCAAAGAAUGUCAAUACCUGAAAUAAAAGAACAUGCCUAGUUAAAUGGUAAAAUGACACUUUAUAUAAAAAACACCUGAGUGGGGUCAGUUGUAAAACGAUUCAAUAUGCUUUCGAAACACUUAAGCACUGACACCUGUCAAUCAUGUUGCCUACAUGAAAGCGGCCGCUUCGUGUGUCAAAACUGAUGACCUGAUGUGUUUUGCAGAUUUUAAAAUGUACUUUAAUUAAAAAAAGAACAGUUACGUGAAAAUGCUGCUGAUAUUCAGCAUGCAGAUUUGGGUUUUUAAAGAGAUCAUGCAAAGUGAGUGACGUCACUCUGACUUGUUGCUUACUGGAGCAACUGACCCCACUCUUACAGUUCUGCUUGUGGAGUAAAUAGUUUUAAAGAUGCUGUGUAUUUGACUGGAUAACAAGAUGGACCUUUUUUUGCAGUGUGACACUAUUUCCAAAGGUGCAAAUUGAAAAAGAGGAAGAAAUAUAUAAGUAGUGCUCACUUUUGACUUCAGCACAAAAGCUAAUAUUUAGGAACCGUUUGAAUCAAAGGUUCAACAUGCAAACGAACAUCAGAAGUGAAGGAACAGUUAUGCAGGAGUGCUGUGAAUAUUUAAACAUGCACUAUUGUUAGGUUAUUCAAUUUAUAUGAAUGGAUGUGACCCCUUCUGGUUCUAAAAAAGUGCACUUGGUCAUUUUUCCAUUGUUUAAACAGUUUUUCGAUGGUUUCAUCAUAGGGGUUACCAUGUUGGGAUCAUGUGACCAGCCAACUAACAACAUAAACUCAAUGUUAUUAGUCACUUUCAUUUGCUAAAUACAUGUUAUCAUGGCAGAAGCAGCUUCAUUGCUCACAUAUACCAAAAAUGACCAAGUGCACCUUGAAAAGCUUUUGAGAAAAUCUAUAUAUUCUUUACUCGUUUGCCUUUUAAAUCUAAAAACAAAGCAAAUGAGAUUGUUUGUUUGCACGCGUCAUGCAAUGUGUGCUUCGGUAGCCGCACAGCGAAGACAUUGCUAAAUCAGCCAGUUGACGUUUGUUCCUGUUAAAUACGAACCCUGUUGCACCAUUGCCCUCUGACAUUUGGGCAGAUGGUGCCAUUGAAGUGCUAACUUAGAUAUAUAAACUAUGAUUUUGUGAAUCAGAUGUACUUAGAUCCUUAUGAAAUUACCCACGUUUUCUGUGGGAAAUUGUCUUUAUUUUGUUUUUGGGGAUGGGGUGGGAGAGGGGUAGGUACUCAAAAUGGAGCUGUCCACUAGUGCGAGUUGUGUUAAUAACUGCGCGGAGCAUCCUCUACAACGUCAAAAAACAACUCUGGUGCCUUAUAUUCUCCACACGUUUACAUGCUUUACGUGUCUGAUCAUUUUCUUUCCGAUCGCUGUUUGUCUUUCUUUGUCGUUCGGGGUCACAAUGGCAUAGUUGCCACUCGUGGAGCUUCUUCGAUGACUUCAACAAGCCAAUUAAAGAAAGAGGCCCACGGUCUCUUGGCCCUCCACGUUGCUGGAAAAAGAAUGACGAUGUCGUAAUCAAACAGCACUGACGUAAACAUGGACGUGCUGCGUUCACGUCGUAUCAGAAUUACUUGGUUUUCCAUGGCAGUGUUCAAAGGCAGAAUCGAUCCAUGUAUGGUUUUGUCCUUAAUGCCAGCCUUUGCAAAUUGUAAAAAAAAAAAAAAAACUAUUAAGAAGUAAACUGUUUUUUUGCUUGUCAAUGUAGGUAAUUCUGGCAAGACGCGAAUGCAACAGUAGUCACCUAAAAGCGGUGGAGGUCUGCUCCUCGUGCUCGGUGUAAAAAAACAAAACAAAAGUGACAGCUGCGUGUAAAAAAACAAAACAAAACAAAAAAAAACGUGUGGUAAGGUUGUACGUAUGUUUCUUGCUACAGCCCAGCAUUAUUCUAAUGUAGGCCUAUAUUAGUAGACUUACGGCCGAGGGAGUAGCCUGUAUGAUUUUUUUGUAUGGUGCUAAUAUCCCCGUUUGUGGGAUUAACUUCUGCCGGUCUUAUCAGUUGCUUAAUUCAUUUGUUGUCAACUUUGUCUCAUCGCACCUUGAGAUUUUACUUUUCUCACUAAAGUUACAUUGCUAACUUUUUAGUAUCGUGUGCAAUAUAUUGUAGGCUGCGUGCCAAUGGCGGCAUUGCUCAAAAUUCCGUCCCGCCGCAGGUUCACGACCCCUUCAGACCCCCAAAGCAAAACUAUUCCUAAAAAAAUAUUUUAAUGGGUACUCUAUUCAGUGCCUGAUUGGAAAUCUUACAAAAUCAAUGAAUGAUGGCGUGAUAACUAUAUAAAAUUCAAACUACUCAUUCAAAUCAGUCAAAUUAAACAUUUGCCAUUCUGUUUUUGUUAAUCCAGUCAUAUAUUCCAUCUGAUUCGAACUAUGAAUGUAAACGCUACAAAAUCAUUAAAAGAAAAACUACCCUAGAAGACAAUAAUGCAAUGUUUUUGAAAAGGCAUUACUGAUGGCUACCUCUAGGGGUCCGAGGGGGGUUCGGAUUCUGUGGGAUGAAUGAAUCUUGUGUGAGGUCGGCAUUUUGUGUGUGUUGAUACUCGUCCCCUGCAACGACAAAAAAUGUACGCUGGAGGCUCACUCUAAUCGAAACAUGUCUCUGUGUAUGAAACUAACCUUUUUGAAAGUUAUUCUACGAACUAAACCAGUCACCACAAAUGGGGACCAUCUGAAAUCACCUGCGUAUAUGGCGGCAAAUCUGCUCUCUGUCAAUCAGAUGCGAUCCUGAUUGACCUAAAAGUAGUCACUUAGAAAGCUUCUCGGUGGUUGGAGUAGUUUAAUACUCAGUAGGUAGUAUAUAUGUAUUUUUUUAUUUUAGCCAAUGUUAAAUGCAAAUGCUUCAGUCAGAGGUAUUCAUAACUAUUUAUUUCAUAAAAUAUAUCUUAUGAAUGUUGUUAGGAAAAAAGAUAAAGGCUUUUUUUCCUCAAACCCUCUCUCGACAUAAGCCAGCUCACUAGUGUUGCAGUGAAAAGCCUGUUCCUGUCAGACCCAAACGUCAAAAAUGCAUGGUUAUGUGGGGUUUUGUAAAAACGAGACCUUUAUUAAAUCCACCAGCCUAUGGACAGUUUUGGGGUUUCUAGCCACAUACUCCCAUGCUAAAGGCCCAUUUUGUGCUAAGCACAUGAGGAAGUCUAUACGGGAUCAAAGCUGGCAUUAUUCCUGCAAAGCGUUUGGUCUCUUGUUUACCACUGCACAAUAUUAAAGCAUACAUGCGCACUUUGUCUCGCUCGAUAUCCUUGCAUCUCUUCAAGACUGAAUCUGAAACUGCAUGCUUCUCUUGUAGGGGCUAUUUUAAAUCUAUUUGUACACUGUUAUAUUUCUUUUCCUCUUGAGACCGGUAAAUCUUUUUCCUAUCACUGCCCGGAUCUGAUUACGAAAACUGUUCGAUGUGUGCCACAGUACGAAAAUUAAACUGGAAGUCACAUUUUAAGGAUAUUUUUUUUAGUGAAAAAAAAUGGACCCUCGAUCAAAUACGCACAUGUUUUAAGUCACUCGUUAAGGUGCUGUUGGCUACUAAAUGGCUCAGACCUGUCUGGGGGGCAUCGUACAGCCAGACUUUCUCAUGUAAUAGUGUUCGAGCUCUCCAUCAGCAAAGACCAGUAUUGGUUUGAUGCACAAAAGGUUGUGGGGACAAAAAAUUAGAUGGUACUCUGGCUGGUACUCUAGCAAUUUCAGUCUUUUCUCCAAUUCCAGGUGCUGAUUCGCACGUCACCUGUCCUUAAUGAACAUAACUUAACUAAUGGAGCUGCACAUACACCUUAAAGCCCUCACUUAUCUGCAGUUUCCAAUACAAAGAGCGAAGCGCAACCUUUUAACUUGAUCUUUGUGUUAAUCUCAUGAAGCGUGUGUGUGUGUGUGUGUGUGUGCGUGCGCGCGCAUCUGAUCCCCUUUCCUGUUAAACCACGGCCAGUCACCAACUUGGGUUAGUUCUCAUUCUUCACGUUCCUCCGGUCUCACAAGCUCAAGGCUUUGACCUGCUUGGCAUGUAACUGUAAGCGUUUUGCGUAUUAAGCAGACUGUCUGAGAAGGGUCCUGCAUUAAGGGUCAAUGCACAAGGAGGGUAUUCACAUAUCCCACCAACCAUUUCCUUUUUAUUCCCUAUCAAAUGUGUUGUACUUAAAAAUAUAUAUAUGACCUGUGAUGUGUGUGUAUAUAUGGUUUGUUACAUAUGAUGCUCCUCUUUAUUAAAAAAGAUAGCAUAUAUAUAUAGAUAUAUAAAAAUACAUAAAUAUGUAUAUGAUUCCUAUAUAUGUGUUCCUAUAUGCAUAGGAAAUGUAUAUAGGAAAAAGCAUAUUGCUGUUUUUUCCUUUGUAUUUUAUACUUACAGAAAGCAUUGAAUCAAAUGGAUAAAAUACUUGCACUUUAAAUAUAUAAAGAAAAUAAAAAAAAAUCUGCAUAUUAUUUUUGAUAGGUGACCUCACAUUCAAAGAUUCUAUAAUUACUUUCCAGGCUUUGUGACAAUUGCUGUUUGGCAGAAAUCUAUGAAGUUCUUCUACAUAUUGAAGUCUAUUUUGUCUGUGUUACAGAAGGUUUACUAAAAUAAAUUGCAUGAUGACUAAGUAGUGCACCAACUGUUAUUUUCUUUAGUUGGUUAAAAAUGUCUAAUGAUAAAAUACUGUGAUGAUUAUUCUCAUCUGUGUACCCAUGUUAAACUUUAGUCAUACAUUCAAAGGUAUUCAGUUCAGCCUUUCCUAUAACAUGAAUAUGGUGCUUAAAUUGGCUUAGAAAUCCAUUGUGUUCUACUCUUCAUCAUUGCAACAAACAUCCUCCUCUUCUGCAUCCUCUGUUUGUUCCCUUGGCUGUUUGUGUGUUCUCACAAUUUGAUUCAGAUUUACGUUUCUUGGUAACAAGUGUGUUUUUGUACAGGUACGUAUGUUGUUCUUGAGUUGGAAAGCCUUUGUGUCUGAAAAUGACUAAUUGCAAUAAAUCAUCCAUUCCUCCCUA